AUGUCCUACAGGCCGUUUAACAGCGGGGCCUAUAUGGAAUCGAAAACCAGACUCCUAGAAGUCAUGCUGGCGCGUGAGAAUGCAUGGACAUGCCCUUUGUUUGAAAGCGUUUGGCAGGAAAUCCGUGAUGACAUGGGCUUGCCCAGUACAACGACGCGAGAUGGUGUCUGGGAAUCUUUGGCUAGUUGUCCCACCUUUUUCCGGAAGGGUAGUAUUGCCAAGCAGGGCCGCUGGUUCAGUUGGAAUGAUGUGGCGGAGGAGCAGAUGGCAGAAUUUCAUGUGCUGAAGCUUGUGCUGGGAUACCAUUAUGGAUCUCAGAAGAUCGAUCCUGAUUUGGCAGAGGAGCAAAAGACUUUAUCGAGUUGUGUCAAUCAGGCGAAGAAGGGUGGCGGUGAUGUACAAUCGCUUCGCCGUGAAUUCUCAAAGAUGAAAGAGAACUUGGGCGGGGGCCCCAAACUGUCCUAUUACUGCAUGUCCGAGAAGUUGUGGGUUCACUGUUGUUUGAUACAGCUUGCAACACGGCCUGUCUGGACUUGGUACAGUGAGUCGGUCAAAAACAUCAAGAAUGCGGAUGACUCUUUGGUGAAUUCAAUGCAUCUACAGUCGGAAUGGUCUGUAGAUUUCCACUUGCAAAGCAUCGCUGGCAUUCCAACGUCCAAAGAUCCGGUGCUUGUCAGACUUUUGAACCAUGAAAAGUUUGCCACCGAAGUCCCAGAUAAACUGAUGUCUCUGAUUUGCCAUCUCUUAAAAAAGAGAUGCUUUUCCAUGUCCAAGCACAGUGCUCCACCUGACUGCUACUCUCAACUCUUGGCAGAUGACACUGACGUGGUUCUCGACAAUGUGGCUUUCCACGUUGAAGUUGAGGAGACGGCGGCAAGAAUGAAAGAAGAUUUUGAGACCAUCCUGCAAUUUGAGCAAGCAUCUGCCGAUGCCGGGCAGUCACUGCAGGUUCUGACGGAUUUGAAAACGGUGUUGACGCCAACCAUCCGCAUCCUGUUUCUCCUGUUUGAGGCUGAUGGGUUCAAGCCUGAAUCACGUGCGGGGAGGCACAUCUUGACCUCAAUGUUGAGAACCCUGCCGGAUUCAAAAAUCGUUGAGGACGUGCAUAGUGUGGUACGUGUGCAAAGGAACUCACAGAAGAAUAAGAAACAAACAGUGCAUCAAAUCCAGCAGCUGGUGACGCAAUCCCAUGUGUUGAGUGAGCGGGGUAUUCGGCAUCCAGCAGCGGUUGAUCGCGAUUGUUUUCUUCAGUCCUUCAAACGCACAAGGGAUGUUAAAAGGAAAAAGCGUUACUUUGCCCGAACAAAGAAAAUGCCAAAGAGAUGGUCUAUGAUCAUGGAGCGCAAGACAUGGGGAUCUUUGACUGAAGAUGUUUUGCUUCGUGGUGUGGUUGCAUUUGCAUUUCUCCGUGCUUACACGGGCCAGAACAUGAAGAGCAGGGGCAUUCGCGUGACUCAUGGCUUGUUUUCCAAAUUCGCAACUGACCUGGUGUUUCUCUCCUACACUGAUCCGCUCGAUGAAUUACCAAGCCUUUGCGGUUUGUGCCUUGGACAGUGCCAUUGGGGCAUCUUGAUGUGGCCAAUACAUCCUUUCUACCCAAACUCUGAUGAAUGGUGGACUUUGGAUGCAUCUGCAGGGGCUGUCUGGGCUCACAUCGUCGAGCCCUGUCAUUGGAGGGUGUGGCAUUUCGGGAAUGAAAACCAUGGCGGUGACAUGAUUCUGAUGCGGUUUGAAAAGUCCCAAAGCUUGCUGCAGCAUUUUUUUGAAAAUGUGCGAAACCACAACCGGGUGUCCAAACACGAUCUCUGCAUUUUGGGCGAACAUCUUGGUGUUCUUGGCCAGAGCCUUGGGGUGCUGAAAAAAAUGCCACAAUUGGAUCUCAUUGACCAAAUCUUAGACGUCAUAUGUGAUGGUGACGUCGGAUGGACUGAGCCCAUCAAGAAGGCAAUGCGUGGUCCCAAAGUAGCUGCAGAUGAAGAGGAUGAUCCAGCCAAGUCGGAACUCGGCACAGUCUUGGAUGAGAUUGUCAUGUCGGAACUAGCCUUGGAAGAGCGCAAAGAUUUCAAACUGGUACAAGAGGCCAUUACAAAAAAGGUGACAUCAGCCAGUGGAUGGACUUUGGUGGACGCCAAGGCCAAUGCCAAAAUCAAGUUGGGUAUGAAAGCGAAAGCAAAAGCGAAGCCGAAAGCCAAGGCCAAAGUGAAGCCUUCGGCGUCGGCUAAGGGCCGUGGCCGUGGUAGGGGUGCUACGGCGAAGCCAAGGUUUGGCUUUGGAAAGAAGAGGAAACGAUCCGCAGACUUGGAACAAUUGGUGCUCGACCCGGCCCCAGUCAAUCCACCACUUGAAGACGCCCGGGAAACAACCGGCCCUAUGAUGGCAGAAGGUGAUGAUGAUGGCUACAGUCCCUCAGACUCAGUCUUGAAUUGCGAUGACAUUGCGGAUGAUUCCAUGGGAGUCAAGGUUGAAGGGAUUGAUCCGGCGGCUUGUGCCGAAGGCGAUGGUUCAAUUGUGGCGCCCCCUGCUAUUCCAUUUCAGCCGCCCGGCAGUGGUGAUUCGAUGGAUGAAUACAACUUGUCCGAUCCAGCAGCCGAACCCAUGGCAGUUGAGCCUUCAAUUAGUAACAAUGACAAUGUGGUUCCCGGUUCAGCUCACGGUGAUGGGGUUCCAGACAGUGGCAUGAUGGCUCCACCAAUUGAUGGUGUGGCUCCCAGUGAUGAUGGUCAAGAUAAUUUGGCUGUUGCUGCGCAUCCAGGCAAUGGUGUGGCUGGUGCAGAUUCAGAUGUGGCUCCUGCUGCCGGUGCGGAUGACCCUUAUCCUGAUGACAUGCCAUUGGAAGCUCUUCGACGAGCCCCACCACCAGCCCCUGCAGCCGCCGCUGAUCGCGGUCCACGGGCCGCAGCUGCUUAUUCGUUGACCUGGACUGACGUUCGAUGCAGAAAUUGUAAUCAAGUUUGUGGCCAGCUCAAAUAUUCACCAGGCCCCUCAAGACAUGGAGGUUCCGACCCGCCAACGUGGUUCAUGAGGGUUAAGUCUGCAAGAGGUGCAUGGCCAAGCAAUGGCCCAAAUUUUCGCCGCAGGGUGGCUCGUAUUGUUGGUGACACGGAUGACUAUUGCAAAAACUGGAUUCACGAAAACAGACACUGCUGCCGUGCCCGGUGA